CCAGUCUUCCCUCCUUCAGUACAGCCUGGACGCACACCGCGUUUAACCUACAGGAUCCACAUAAUUUGGAUAGUACAAAAACAUCUGCAGAGGAGCGUUUUUAUUUGGAGCUCCAUCGUGGAAAGCAGCUUGUGAUUGGUGGUGUACUCGGGAGGCACACUCAUGCCAGACGAGGCAGGACGCACAGUAAAAGCACUUUAAUUGGGACAGUAGAGGAGGACAGCAUCACGUUCAGCUGGUGGAGCAAGGACCAAAAACUCAGGGAUAUGUCCAGUAACUCUGGAAGAGGUCAUGGGGGUCUUAACCAACUAGGUGGAAUGUUUGUUAAUGGCCGCCCGCUUCCGGAGGUGAUCCGGCAACGCAUCGUGGACAUGGCCCACCAGGGCGUCCGGCCCUGUGACAUCUCCCGGCAGCUUCGGGUCAGUCACGGCUGCGUCAGCAAGAUCCUGGGACGCUACUAUGAAACAGGCAGCAUCAAGCCUGGUGUGAUUGGUGGCUCCAAACCAAAAGUGGCCACCCCAAAGGUUGUAGAGAAGAUCGCAGAGUACAAGAGGCACAAUCCCACCAUGUUUGCCUGGGAAAUCAGAGACAGACUGCUGGCAGAGGGUGUGUGCGACAGCGACACAGUGCCCAGCGUGAGCUCCAUUAACAGAAUAAUUCGAACAAAAGUGCAGCAGCCAUUUAAUCUCCCUCUGGAUGGAAAAGGUCUGAGUCCUGGACAAACAUUAAUCCCCAGCUCAGCCGUCACCCCUCCAGAAUCUCCACAGUCAGACUCUUUGGGCUCCACCUACUCAAUCAAUGGCUUGUUAGGUAUCCCCCAACCCAACACUGACGGCAAGAGGAGCCACGAUGACAGUGAUCAGGAGAGCUGUCGACACAGUGUGGACUCUCAGGGCAGUGGAGGCGUCCCAAGGAAACAGAUGAGAUUAGACCACUUCUCUGCAGCUACGCAACAUCUGGAUUGUGGGUUUGAUCGUCAUCACUAUCCACCAGACUCAUUUAGCUCUGCCUCCAGCAGCAAGACAGAACAGACUUUGUACCCAUUGGCUCUCAUCAAUGGUAGCCUAGAAGAGGCCAAGACCAGCCUCUCAACACCCAGCUCUGUCAUUGGACGGAAUCUGUCAGCGCACCAGAGCUACACUGUUGUGACGGAGCCCCUACAGACCCUGCCGCUCUGUCUAAAACAGGAAAUGUCCCCAGAAGUGACCAGUACAAGCCCCUCCCCUAACAUGGCGGCAUCCAACCUGGCAUUUGUGGAGCUGCAGGCACUGCAGAAACCCGUUUCUGUCAGUAGCAGCUGCAACAGCAGCAGCUCUAAUCAUUUCCCCAACGCCUUCAACUCAUUCUCCCAUCAUGCACCAGUGUAUGGACAGUUCAGCGGUCAGUCUAUCAUCUCAGGGCGUGACAUGGUGAGUUCCACCCUGCCGGGCUACCCACCCCACAUCCCUUCCCCUGCCCAGACAGGAUACUCCUCCUCCGCCAUCACAGGAAUGGUAGCAGCAGGUGCAGACUACUCGGGUCAGUCCUACAGCCAUUCGCCCUACACCUCCUACAGCGAAGCCUGGAGGUUCACCAACUCAAGCAUACUGGGCUCACCCUACUAUUACAGCUCAGCCUCCCGUACAGGUCCCCCAUCUGCAGCCGCCUAUGAUCACCUCUAGUCCCUGCUGUAGCGACCUGCUCACUGCGAGAGGACCUUCACUCGACCCAACAAGACCAGAAAACUUAACAUCAGCUGAGACAUGUGAUCACAUACUGAGGCAGUGAAGUCAAAACUCAAUGUGAACUUGAGACUCUUUUUACAUAAUCUCAUGGUCCACCGCACUUACUUCUAUGUUAUUUAUUUGUCAUUACUAAUAGCAUUUUGCAGGGUGGCUCAAUAACGUUUACAUGCUCCUCUAGAGUCGAUUUUCACAGACUCAGCCUGAUGUCUCACAUGGUGCAUACUUUCUGUUUAAAUAUCUUUACAGCUGUUUGGGCCAAAGACUGUUUUUGGUUGUUGUUUUUUUCUGGCACAUCUGCAACUUGACUCCACUGACUGAGUGAAUAGGGAUAUGCAACUUCUUUAUACUAAACUAUGCCUGUUUUGUUUACAUUCUUUUCUUUUAAAGAAAAGCUGAUUCCAACCAUGAAUAGUUCAUUUAUAAUCUUGAUCUGCAUCUGCUUGCAAGUUGAAUUUGUGAUUUAUUUUUUAUGUAAAUUCAGAUUUCCUCUAGUGAACAUAUUGAAUCACAGUUACAGCAAAAACUGACCACAUAUAAAAUUUUGCCCCAAAAAGACAAUUAAACUUUAAGUCCAGGAAAAUGUACAUACUGUAUAUGAUGAUUUACUUAUGAGGAGGUGAUGCAGUUUUACUCAGAGAAUGACUGAUGAGCUGAGGGGUAAAACGGGGGCAAGUGAUUAAACAAGGCUUGAAAUACAUUUUCUUUUGCUUAAGAUAAAUUUAGUUUGUUGUCAUGCUGAAGUUCUGAUGUUUGGUAAUAAAAAAGAAAGUAAAAAUC